AUGCUGCCUCGAGUUCAGAGGGCAAUUGAGGAUGACCCGAAUAUUUCGGAAAAGGUGUUGAGGGAACAAUUUGAACGGCUUCUACUGGAUCCACUAUCUGGAAUUGAGCAGCGAGAAGAGACCACAAGAAGAGUGAUCGUGAUUGAUGCUCUAGAUGAAUACGAUUCAGAAGACGAUAUAGGGACUAUUCUCCGGCUCUUGCCACGAGUUCAAAAGUCAACUUCCGUACAACUACGGGUUUUAUUGACAAGCAGACCUGAGUUGCCGAUCAGGCUGGGCUUCGAAGGGAUCACCGAUGCCCAUCAGGAUUUGGUCCUACAUGAGAUCGAAGAGCCAGUGAUAGCGCAUGACAUAUCCUUGUAUUUUGAGGAUCAGUUCCUGCGCCUAAAGCAGAGGCGCUCAUUGCCACCAGAUUGGCCCGGAGUCCCAGCUACCAAGAUAUUGGUUGAUAGGGCCGUCCCUUUGUUCAUUGCAGCUGCUACCGUAUGUCGUUUUAUCGGUGAUGCAAAAUGGAACCCUCAAAAGCGACUGGAAGCGAUAUUGACGGACCAAUCAACCUAUGUGUCCAAGAUGGACAGCACAUAUUCCCGUGCUAAAGCAACUUCUCACUGGACAGAAUGA